AGAAGUCAGACAGCAGAUUGCGGUUGAAGAGUCCCUGCAGCCGCCACUGCGGUCCGGCUUCUGUCAGUUUGCUCAUCGCGGCAGAGAAACAUGUCCUUGCUGUGCUACAAUAGAGGCUGCGGCCAGCGCUUUGAUCCUGAAACCAACACGGAUGAUUCUUGCACAUAUCAUCCAGGAGUUCCAGUCUUUCAUGAUGCUUUAAAGGGUUGGUCUUGCUGUAAGAGAAGAACAACAGAUUUUUCUGACUUUCUGAGCAUUGUAGGCUGCACAAAGGGUAAGCACAAUGAUGAGAAACCCCCUGAGCCUGUCAAACCCGAAGUCAAGACUACCUCUGAGAAGAAAGAGUUGUCUGAAUUGAAACCUAAAUUUCAAGAACACAUCAUCCAAGCUCCUAAACCAGUAGAAGCAAUUAAAAGGCCAAGCCCAGAUGAACCAAUGACAAACUUGGAGUUGAAAAUAGCUGCUUCACUAAAACAAGCACUGGAUAAACUUAAACUGUCAUCUGAGAAUGAAGUAGAUAAAAAGGACGAGGACAGUGAUGAAAUCAAGAUUGGGACUUCAUGUAAAAACGGUGGCUGUGUAAAGACAUACCAAGGUCCACAGAGUAUAGAAGAAGUUUGUAUUUUUCAUUCUGGAGUCCCUAUUUUCCAUGAAGGGAUGAAAUAUUGGAGCUGUUGCAGAAGAAAAACUUCCGAUUUUAAUACAUUUUUGGCCCAAGAAGGAUGUACAACAGGGAAGCAUUUGUGGACAAAAAAAGAUGCUGGGAAAAAAGUUGUUCCAUGUAGGCAUGACUGGCAUCAGACAGGAGGUCAAGUUACUAUUUCAGUAUAUGCUAAAAAUUCACUUCCAGAGCUUAGUCAUGUAAAAGCAAAUAGUACAGUGUUAAAUAUCCACAUUGUAUUUGAAGGAGAGAAGGAAUUUCAUCAAAAUGUCAAAUUAUGGGGAGUCAUUGAUGUGAAGAGGAGUUUUGUAAAUAUGACAGCCACAAAAAUUGAGAUCACAAUGAGAAAAGCUGAGCCUAUGCAAUGGGCAAGGCUUGAACUACCUUCACCUAAAAUACAAGAUGAAAAAAAAGAAGAUAUAGCAGAUUGAGAGCAAAGUUGGGGGGGAGGGAGGAGGGAUGGGACAUUAGCUAUUACUUGUUUUGAGAUUCCUUAUACUGUGUGGUGAAGUGGUGACUUGCUAUUGUAAUCAUAUAGACACAUAUAUGUGUGUGUAUACAUACAUGUUAUUAAUAUGGCAUUCCAGACCUAGUGAAAAUAGAUUCCUAGAAACCAAAAUCUUUUCUUAUUUUCCCAGAUUCCUUUGGACUAAAUGGGGAAUGUUCUUUCUAUCUAAAUAUUGAACUUAAUAGAAUUGAAUUCCUGAGUCAGAAAAAGAAAGCCUUGUCCCUUUAACAUCAUUCAGUACUCCUCAGUAUCAUAGUCAUGUUAAUGGGAGAAACGGGAAAGGGGCAUUUCCCAUGUUUACUCAUCUCAUUUUCUCUAUAUUCCACAUCACUAUAGUACUAUGGGAUAUGAGAGUUUUGUUCAAUUCUUUUAGGUGUUUGGCAUCGUAGUUUUAGGUGGGGGGAAGGGCUACACAGAAGAAAAAAAUUUUUUUUUCCUUUUUUAAGUUACCUGAGUCACAUAUUACAUGGUGUAAGUAAAUUAGGCCAUUUAAAUAGGGUGGACAGUUUUUUUUGUUUGUUUGUUUUAAGGAGGAUAUCCUUAGAAGUGAUAAUAGUAAUGAAAGGAGAGCCUUAAUUUGUCAAGAAAAAAAUAAUAAUAAUAACUGCAGCUAGCUUCCAUGUACUAAUUCCAUUUCUUAACAAGCAGCCUGAUUGUUACUGCUAAGAUUCAUUGGGAGUGGAGGGGAAAGGGUUAAUAUACAGACUCUGAAAGUAUCAAUUUGGUCCUGAUUUAUUAUUUUAUAUAAAAAUUAUGUUAAAUGACUUUCUUGUGUGAUUAUUUAAAGAUCUCAGUUCUCUUAAUUUGUGUGUGUGUUAUAGCUACACUAUUAACUUAUUUACAUCAUAUGAGUUCACCACAGAUUGGUGAAUUAUAUUGGAAACUAUUUUGAAAGAUUUGGGAAUUUUUAGAGCGGACUUAAAGGGAACAUGAUAGCUGCUUUCAGAUAUUUGAAGGACUAUUAUCUAGAAGAAGGCAGCAGUUUGUGUCUUUUCUCUGUGACUCCAGAGGGCUGAACUUGGAACUAGGUACAUGUUACAAAGUAGAUCUGCUUAGAAUUAAAAAUAUAUAUAUAUACUGAUAGAGUUUAUUCAGAAAUGAAAUUGACUGUCUUGUGAGAUGUAAUGAUUUUUCUGACAGUUGUAUAUGUUCACAGUAAAUUACUGUCAGAGAUGUUAAAAGGGGAAUUUAUUUUUACAUAUGAAAUAUUUGGUUGGGUUAGUUAUAACCAGUCCCUUUCAUCUUUGAAAUUCUGUUUUAAAAGUAUGGCUCCACUAGCUAUGUGACUCUGGGCAAGUCACUUAACCCCAAUUGCCUCAGCAAAAAAAAAAAAAAAAUAAGUAUGGCCCCACUCAUUAAAACACUGAAAAUAGCAUUAGUUCAAUACAAAGUGAAAAUGGAUUUCACCUAAAUAAUAAUCUAAACUUUUAGGCAGAUUAUUUUAAUUUGGCAAAAACCACUUUAGGCAACUGAUAAAAUAUAGUUUCUAUUUUCUUUAUUUUAUUUUAUUUUUUUUUUACUAUUUUGAUAAAUUAUGUUUGGGGAUCUUUUGCUUACACUUCAUUAAGAGUUAAGCAGUGUGAAUUAGUAUGUGUUUAUUUAAUGAGAUUUUAAAUGCUAAUUAAGGCAUCCAUUAUAACAUUUUCCAUCAUGUUAUACAAGCAUAUUUGAGGAGAUUUUUAUUUUUUAAUAAUCUUGCAAAGUAGACUUGAAAAUUUGGGGUUAAAUAUUAACAGGUAAAAAUGCUACAAUUGUAUCAUUAUCAUAAAUCUUUAGAUUUUUUUGUUGCUAAUAUCUUUUAUCAUAGUACAAUUUCGAAAAAUGAAUAGUUAGCAAAUAGAUGAGGAUUUAACAUGUCUGAAAGUGAUCUUUAUAAGCAUAUCCCAGGAUAACAGGGCCUUGAGUGACGUUUUUGAAGUCAAAGCCAUCAUAAUUUAAAGUUUGAGCCCUAAUUGCCUCAUCAAUCACUGUUUCUGUGGAACUAACUAAUCCCUGUAAAGUCAUUUCAUUAACAUAUCAUGUUUUCAAAGCAAAAGUCAACAAUAUUAGGUAGGGCAUGCCUGUGCUAUACUUUUUCCUUUAUCAUGUACAAUGCUAAUAUUUCAGUAAAUAAGGCAGCUUGAGAUUAUAUGCACUAGGCUUUGGUAACAUGUGAUGAAUGCAUAUACAUGUUUAGAAUAUGUUUAGAAUGUAAUUUAAAUUGAUAAAAUAUAGAUUUUUAAAAAUUUGCCAAGCUAUAAACAUUUUCCUAGAGUUGUAUCAUCACAGAUGACAAUAGUAACAUCAAGCAUAUGGCUUAUUGGAUUGUUUUGUAAUUUUAAUAUAUAUAUAUUUUUUUUAAUUUUCCAUACCUUAAUUUCUUUGUGGUUAGGAUUCUGUGCUAAUUUACAAUUUUGAAGUCCUUCUCCACCUUGUAUAGAGUUGAGACCAUCAGUAAUCAAGAAAUUAGUAUGAUACAAAUAUACUGCAAAUUAAUUUUUCAAGUUAGUAUUUUGUUAAAAUCUGGCUUUACUGAUGCUGUUAUCCCUAGAAAAUGCAUUUUGAUGGAUAUUAAUUCAUAAAUUUGCACAAAGGGCCCUGCUAAAGGCAGUAGUUGAAAUUCAUAAGAUGUUGGGUGAUUUAAGGAAAUCAUUCUAACCAAAUUAUAGUUAAACAUUUGUGUAUUUUACAAUUUGUUUCUUGCUAUUGAUCCUGGACAUAAAAAACAAAAUGUUGCUAUGAUUUGAAAAAUAAAGAAAAUAUAUAAGAAAUUACACUAGGUAAAUUUGUGUAAGCAAAUAAUCUUGGUGACCCCAACCAUUUUUCUGAUGUUUGUUUGUUUUUUGUUUUUUUUUGUUUUUUUUUUUUGGUUUUCCAUCUCCCUGCUCUGCCAUCCAUCCUAUUCCAAAAGGAAAUAAGAAAACUUUACUAACUUCUGACUAAAAUUAAACUUCUGAAGUUUAUCUUAUACUACCUAUUUUGUACUGUAUUGGUCACAAUAACAGGUUCAAACAAAACAAAGAAUACAUUUAACUUAAGCCAGAUUUGUAGCUUUAUCUAGAAUCAUUAGCCAAACUCACUAUUUUAUGAUGAAAGAUGAAACAUUUUUAAACUUUAUGUUCUUCACUUGUUAAAAAGAGUUAAGUCCUUCCUAAAAAAUUUGAUUUCCUUUUGUCACCACAUCAUUGAUAAAGCUUUCAAAUGGAGAAUUAUCUUGUGUAAGUUUAGUUAAAGGCAAUUUUAUCAGGAUGGUUCCUUUUUCUGUAAUGAAUUUGUAAAUAUUUGUAAAAAAUGUAAACCAAAAUCAACCUAUAAAUGGCCAUUAAGUCAUGUAAUUUUGUCAAUCCUAUCUUGUUACUAUUGAAAGACCUGUUUAUCUAGUCUGUUCAAAUUUGUUACAUUUUUAUAGAGGCAUACAUAGAACUGUAAUACUAUUUCAGUAUUUAUAUAUUGUGUCUGAGAUUUUAAUUCCCUUUUUUGGCUAUAAACUUAUUUGGUUUCAGAGAUUUCCUUAAGGGAAAUCAGUAUUCAGGCUCAUUUUUUUUUCUCCUGAAAUAAAUGUUUUCUGUGGUCUGGUAUCAUUUGAAUACAAGUAAUUUUCUUUUAUUGUAGUAAGAGUCAGUCACUUAUUUUCCACAGUUUGUGAUUUAAAAAUCUUUUAAGUUUUACCUUUGGAUUUAGGGCACUUACGUUACCAAGUCACCAUUUCAGCAAUUUCUUGGUUUUAUUACAAAAAUUAUGUCAGUUAGCACAGUAUUGGCAAUUACCAUAUCCGUGGCCUAGAAUAAUAAAUGCUAUCAUAGUUAAAUAUAAUGCCUUCCCUCUAUUCCCUAUCCAAAGAUAAUUUUGAGUAAAACAGCUUCUGCUUUUUACGAUUAAUAUUUGUGAGUGUCUGGAACACUUUUGUGUGAUCAUUAUGUCAUCAUCUACAACAAAAGCCUUUUCAAUGCUGGUCUUUUUUUUUUUUUUUUUUUUUACUUAUGUAUGUUUGUCUAAUUCUCUGCAUGAGGGGAGAUCAUGAAAUAUUUUUCUAAAGAAUUAAGUUAUUUGUUAAUGUUUUUAGGUUUUCACUUUCAACAACCACCACCUUUAUUGUCUGUGUUGAAGCAAUAUAAUAAAAAAUUGUGCUCCUGA